AUGGGUUGUUGGGUUCUAAGAUAUGAACCUAACAGUUUUGAAGCAAUGCUUCAGAACUUAACCCAAUUAAAAGAGCUGUCGCUUUCGUGGAUGAGCAUCCCAUUCGAGUUAAGAACGAAUUUUUCUUCACCUUUGACAUAUCUAAGUCUCAAGGGUACUGGAAUAAGAGUUAGACCUAUCGAGCACAAGUUUCUCUGCUGCAUUGCCAGAUUUAAAGGGGUGUGCAGUGUCCUUAAAUUCUUUGAAUCUAGAUCCUGUCAAAUUUCUGGUGUCAUUCCUGAAUCAAUUGGCAACCUUACACAACUUACUGAAUUGCAUCUGGGUGACAAUUUGUUGGCUGGGGAAAUUCCAAACUCACUUCGCAACCUUAGGCAUCUUGAGAGUUUAGACCUCUCUAGUAAUCUACUGAUGGGGGAAAUCAAAGAUUUUAAAAGUAGGUCACUAUCAAUGAUUUUGUUGAAUAACAAUCAACUAAGCGGUUCAAUUCCUCCAUCAAUUUUUACACUUCCGAACCUAUCUUUCCUUGACCUUUCAGCAAACCAUUUUAUUGGGGUUGAGCAAGACUUGCUUGUGGACUUCAAUAAGCUUCAAAACAAUGCUUUUAACGGUGAAGCAGCAUGGAACACGUACUACCAACAAUAUGAACAUUCCCUAUCCAAAUUUGGGAUUCUUGGCUUGUCUUCUUGCCAAAUUAAGGAAUUUCCAGAGUUUCUGAGAAAUUCGGAGAGCUUAUCUUAUCUAGAUCUCUCAUCCAAUAUGAUUCAUGGCGAAAUCCCAGGCUGCCAGUAUCUAGAAAUUAUGGAUUUGGGAAAUAAUAGGCUUUUUGGCACCAUUCCCACAACAUUUUCAAAAGGAAACUCUUUGCGGUUCCUUGUGUUGAAUGACAAUCAAUUGCAAGGGCCAUUGCCACGAUCUUUAGCUCAUUGUGAAGGUCUGGAACUCCUUGAUAUAGGGAACAAUGAGAUAGAUGAUAAAUUUCCAAUUUGGUUGGAAACUCUUUCUAAUCUGGAGGUCCUAAUAUUGAGAUCUAAUCGAUUUCACGGAGCAAUUGGCAAUUGCCAAACUAAAAGUCCAUUUCCUCAGCUGAGAAUUAUUGAUGCAUCCCACAACGAGCUCACUGGUGCUCUACCUGAAGAAAUUCUCAGCAACUUCAAAGCUAUGAAAAGUUCAAAGCAUGACCAAAAGGAAUUCCAGGUGGAGUAUAGUCUUGAAAGAGUCCUAAUAACUCGAACAGCAAUUGACUUCUCAAGCUACAGAUUCGAAGGACAAAUUCCAGAGAUUAUCGGAUCCCUUCAUUCUCCUCAAACACUCACUCUCUCUCAUAACAACUUCAGUGGCCCAAUUCCCAAGGCAUUAGGGAAUUUGCGCAUGCUUGAAUCUCUGGACCUCUCUUGGAACCGACUUGAAGGAACCAUUCCUAUGGAGCUAGUGAAUUUGGAUUUUCUUGAAUUCUUAAACCUUUCGGAAAAUCGUCUAGUUGGACCCAUUGCACGAGGAAGGCACUUUGAUACAUUUGGAGAUGAUUCAUACAGACGGAAUUUGGACUUGUGUGGAUUUCCGCUGGCUAAAGAUUGUGGAGAUACAGAGGCACCACCACCAGCCAUGCCAUGGGUAGCUGAAGAACAAUAUGAUGAUUCUGAAUUCUUUGAUGGGUUCACUUGGAAAGCUGUUCUCCUGGGAUAUGGCUGUGGAUUGGUGCUCGGAUUAGUUAUGGGAGGUCUCAUAUUCUCAACUGGAAAACCAAGAUGGUUUGUACUGAUUGUCGAAGAGUCGUUCAAACUGCGAAGGCGACCGAGGAAAUGGAUCCACAUAGGCACUUAA